AUGAUGCACCCGUCGCGGCAAGCCUACGUCGAGGAGGCGAUGGACGAAGAUCGAGGCAUUGCGCUGGAGGACAUUCCCACAGACCACGAUUAUGAGAUUCCCUCGGCCUUCUCCGGCGCCGCGCCUGAAAAGGCGUCCGCCGUCUUGGCGCAGAUGGAAAGGAAGAAGUUGGCUGCUAGCAUCGCGGUACCUACGGACGACAACCGAGUGCGGGCGAAGCUCCGGGAGAUGGGCGAACCGAUCACACUGUUUGGAGAAGGCAAGCCCGAACGCAGAGAUCGUCUUCGAAACCUUCUCGCCAUUCAACACGAGAUGGCCGGCCUCGAAAAUGGCGACGUAGAAAUGGAAGACGCAGACGCAGACGCAGACGAAGACGCGGACGAGCAGGACGAGGAAUUCUACACACCGGGUGGCCAGGCACUGCUCCAAGCGCGCAUCGAUAUCGCGAAAUAUUCUCUCCCCAGAGCGAAACGGCGGGUCCAGUUUCAAAAGGCCGAAGCCUCAAUUCCUCUGCGCACACACGUCAAGUUCCGGAAACAAAUCAAAGACAAACUGGAAGGUUUCGAGCUUCAGGGCAGCCAAACAGCCGGCGAUAGACACAUCAGCAUGACGAGGCUGUCACCGAACGGAGAGAUGGUUGCGGUGGGCAACUGGGGAGGAGGUCUCAAACUCAUCGAGGUUCCCAGUUUGGAGGCAAAGAUGAAUCUCCGAGGACACACCCAGAAGAUCAGUGGUAUCUCGUGGUAUCCUGGCUCUACGCUGCCCGAAAGCAACGUAUCUCCAGAUGCGGUGAACCUUGCUUCGGGAGGAGCCGAGGGCUCGGUACACCUGUGGUCUUUGAAUCAAGAUACCCCCCUUUCGACGCUUACUGGUCACGGCGGCAGGGUGUCACGCGUUGAGUUCCAUCCUUCUGGCCGCUAUGUUGCGUCGGCUUCGGAUGAUACGACUUGGAGGCUCUGGGAUGUCGAGACGACUGCAGAGCUUCUCCUCCAGGAAGGCCACUCCAGAGGCGUGUACUCUGUCAGCUUCAACGCCGAUGGCUCCUUGUUGGCAAGCGCUGGUCUUGACAGCAUCGGCCGUAUCUGGGAUCUGCGCUCAGGAAGAACGGUGAUGAUCCUAGACGAACACAUACAACCCAUCUACGCGCUCGACUGGGGCUCUGAAGGACACAGGGUACUAUCGGGAUCGGCAGACGGUUGGAUCAAAUGCUGGGAUAUUCGGAAGGUGCAGAGGACAGCAAACCUUGGAGCACACGCCAAAGCUGUCUCUGACAUACGAUGGUUCAGGGGGUUGGACGACCCCAUCGAUGGAACACCUCCCGUGACCGAUGAGAAGGGCGCACAACAACCCAAGAAGGCUGGUACAUUCUUUGUGUCUGGGGGCUUUGACGCAAAGAUCAAGGUCUUCUCAGCCGACAACUGGGGCUUGAUACAGACGCUGAGCGGACAUUCUGGUCCUGUCGCAAGCGUGGACGUGAGCAGAGACGGAAAGUGGAUCGUGAGUGGUGGACACGACCGGACGGUGAAGCUUUGGGGCCGCAAUGACGGCGAGGGUCUCUAG